CAUCUUCUUUUAUAUUUCUCUCACACACUAAUGGCGAUAAUUGGCUUCAAACUCCUUCUCCAUCUUCUCCUCUCCUCUUUGGGGAUAUUAAGUUCUGCGACGGUUAUAACUCUCGAAAAUCAUUGCAGCUAUACAAUAUGGCCCGGUACUCUCGCCGCUGUUGGGGCUGCGAUUCUCGGUGGCGGUGGAUUCGAAUUGGCACCCGGUGCAUCAGUCCAGUUCCCAGUCCCACCAGGGUGGUCUGGCCGUUUUUGGGCGAGAACCGGCUGCUCGUUUGACGAGUCCGGUAACGGAAGGUGCGUCACUGGCGACUGCGGUGGCGUGCUCAAGUGUAACGGAUAUGGGGCAACACCAGUCUCUCUCGUGGAAUUCACAGUUGCGGGCAAUACGAAUUCCAAGGAUUUCUACGACGUCAGCCUUGUGGACGGUUACAAUGUGGCUUUAGGUGUCAGACCGGUUGGUGGCGGUUCCGGGGAUUGUCAGUACGCGGGAUGCGUGGCGGAUCUCAAUGCGAAUUGCCCAGCGGAAUUACAGGUCGUGGAGUCGGGUUCCGUCGUGGCGUGCAAGAGCGCCUGCGCGGCAUUCAGUACGUCGGAGUACUGCUGCACUGGCGACCACGCCACGCCGCAGACCUGCUCGCCGACGCAGUACUCGGCGAUGUUCAAGAGUGCGUGCCCCACCGCGUACAGUUACGCUUACGACGACGCUUCUAGUACUUGUACCUGCUCCGGAUCGGACUAUUUGAUCGCUUUUUGUGGGCAAUGAGUACAAUCCAUGAAUCCAUAUUAUUGUUUCUGUAUUUGUUCUCUCUUUAAGCUGGUUUUUUUUUUUUUUUAAUUAGAAUAUUACCAAUUGUUACUAUAUUUUAUGAAGUCUUUAUUUAUUAGAUGAUACUUUUACAUUUUGUUUUUAAAUUAGAGUAAUAGUUAGGGAAGAAAAGAGGUAUCCUAUA